UUCCUCAAUACCAAACGCCAUGAGUACCGUGUUAUUUCUGCUGUUUUUCUUCACAACAAGCGCCUUCGCGCCGCCUUCCUACGCAUUUCAUAUUGGAAGAUUUUUUGGGGCAUCCGGUAUGGUAUCAGGCAGGGCUCUGUCCGACGUACAGCCAUCCGAUAUAACCUACUUGUUCUACAACCGCGAAAACACCGAAGGGACCCUGGUUGCCUAUGACGAGGCGCAGGUGCUAGAAUCGAAAGCCAACUUCAACCCGGACCUGAAGACCUACUUCUUAAUUCACGGCUGGAUUGAUGACUGCAGAACCGGACAACUUCAAGUUCAGACCCUCGAAGCGCUUCUCAAGUAUCACGAUGUGAAUGUCGUUAGUGUAUGCUGGGAAAAAUGGUCCAACGGAGACUACCUAUCGGCUGCUGGUAGCGUCAAAGCGGUCGGUCAGCUCGUAGGCGAUUUCAUCCUCGACGCGACUUCAAAUGACAGAUAUUCGUCAUCCGACAUUACCAUAGUGGGUCAUAGUUUGGGAGCCCAUGUCGCGGGAGCGGCAGGGUCUCGCACCAACGGGUCCCUUGGCUAUAUUGUAGGUUUAGAUCCCGCGGGGCCCCUUUUUUUCGAAGACAACCCAGACGGGAGACUCGAUCCUACUGACGCGCAGUACGUCGAAGCCAUCCACACCAACGCUGGCCUAAGUGGAGUCACUUUCGAUGUGGGUCACGCGGAUUUCUGGCCCAACGGCGGAAGUCUUCAGGAAGGGUGUUUCAUAUUACUACCGGUCUGCAGUCACAUGAGGGUUAUUGACUUAUACGCAGAGUCCGUCGGGCAGGAAGAUGGAUUUGUCAGCCAGCUUUGCGAAACUUACGACGAUUACAACAACGGGAAUUGUCGGGAUAAUUCAGAGGCUCUCAUGGGCGGCUUUGAUUUGGAUACAAGGAUUAAAGGACACUAUUACCUGUCAACCAACAGUAACUCGCCAUACGCACGCGGAAAACAGCAAAGUAAAGUAAUCGCAAAUAUGAAAUAAAAAUAAACACUCUAUCUCAAAGCUGAACCAACCGACUAAUUAAGCUUCUAAGGUACUCUCACCCGGCAAAAAUAAAGCGGUUAUUCAUUUUCUACUCGCGGAUUUUCACAGACUAAAACAAAUUUUAAACUGCAAUUUAUCACGGGGGAAGCUCGCGGGUUGAAUAUACUUUUCAACUGAGCUAACCGAACUAAAAGAGAUAUAUUCUACUAGUAUGUAAGUAAUAAUUCAUCAUGAGUCUAGCUUUUAUUAGAAAACUUUCAGCGGUAAACUGCGUAAUCAAACUCCUCGACAUGUUUGAACUACAUUUGUGUUAUUUUUUUGUUGGAAACUUUGAAAAAUAUAUGCUAAAGUAUAAGAUGUGAUUUUAAUAG